AUGCAGCUCUCAUGGUCAACGCUCCUUACUGCCGGCCUCGCGACCAUCAGUGUCCAGGCUACGCCGGUUGAGGUUGCCCGUCGGGCCACUCCGACGGUCUACCUGGCCGGUGACAGCACCAUGGCCAGGACCAGCGGUGCACAUAUGGGCUGGGGCGAGUACCUUCCCAAGUAUAUCAACCUUCCCGUCGUGAACAAAGCCAUCUCCGGCCGCUCAGCCCGUAGCUACACCAACGAAGGCCGCUUCGCCGAGAUCGAGCGUCUCAUCCAGCGCGACGACAUCGUCAUCAUCGAGUUCGGCCACAACGACGGCGGCUCACCCAACUCAGCCAACGACAACGGCCGCAGCGCCUGCGGUGGCACUGGCGAUGAGGUCUGCCGCUCCGGCAAGACUGGAGAACUUGUCUACACCUUCAACAAGUACAUCGAGAACGCAGCGCGCAGCUUCUUGAAUAAGGGCGCCCGCGUCAUUAUUAGCAGCCAGACGCCUAAUAAUCCAUGGGAGGGCGGUGUUUUCAGCCAGAGCCCGCCAAGGUUUGUCGGGUAUGCUGGGCUGGCGGCGCAGAGGACAGGUGCCAGCUUCGUUGAUCACUUCUGGGCUUGCAUCAAUAUGUAUCGCCGGCUGGGUAACCAAAAGACGAACUCGCUGUUUCCACAGGAUCAUACACAUACAAACCAUGAGGGCGCGGAUCUUGUUGCGCAGGCGUUUGUGCAGGCUGUGGCGAGGGACUUUAACGGGACGACGCCGCUGAAGCAGUAUCUUAAGCAGCCUGUUCCGACGGUGUGGUGA